GUGUCUCCAGUUGUUAGGGAAUGAAGGAUCUGUCGUACCUGCUGUCCUGACCUCAAACAAUAAUAAUUGUGGUAGCUCUGGCCCCUUCCUGUACCAUACCCUGCCAUCACUCUAUAUCAACCAUUUGUGUAAUAACACUGGAAAUCCAUUUAAAUUACAAAGAAAAUUAAGGUCUUCAGAAGAGAAGAAAAAAAAAAAAAAGAUUUGUUAUACAAAUAAAUGUUGAUGGAAAGAAUUUUCUUGUGAUCGUUGGAUCACCUUGUAAGUAGGUAACAUAGAACUUGGCUGAAUAAGAUGGUAGUUAUUCAAUACAUGUCUUAUUUUUGUAGGUCCCCUAAUACUCGGUACCAUCUGCCUAGGAAGGUGAUCCUUCUGUUGAUUUCCAAAUCAUAAGGAAGAAAAAGGAAAAAAAAAUUACCAGCAAAAAUGUAUAUUAAUUGUGAAAAAGUUUUCUGUUGAACAUCAGGUAUGGCUGGUAAGACCUCUCUUUACCUGGACCUGUGUUUAGGAGCUUAUGCAAAUACGAGCCCACAUUCCACAAGAUAUGUACCUAUGUUACCAUUCAGAACUUUCUGUGUGUAGUUAUGUUUGUAAUUUACUUUGUAUAUAGUAGAAUAAUAACAAAUUAUUCAAUAAAGUCUGUGAAUA